CUUGGUAGUUGUCGCAAACUGUCGGACUUUAGUGACAAACACACGCCUGCUGCUGCUAGAUUAAAUUUUUUUUAAAUUACUUUUGGGGUAAACUUGCCACGAGAAUAUGACGUCUAACGAGGAGCCUUUACCAUCGGGUUGGGAGAAAAAAAUGAGCCGCAACUCAGGCAAGGUGUAUUACUUCAACCACACCACCAACGCCAGCCAAUGGGAACGACCAAUAGGAGACGGCCAAGGCGAGCCAGCGAAUGUGCGCUGCUCUCACCUGCUGGUCAAACACAACCAGUCACGACGUCCCUCCUCCUGGCGGGAACAAAACAUCACGCGAUCCAAAGAUGAGGCGCUGGAGAUGAUCCAGAAAUAUAUUGAGCAGAUAAAGUCUGGAGAGGAGAAGUUUGAGGAUUUGGCUUCUCAGUUCAGCGAUUGCAGUUCAGCUAAAAAUGAUGGAGACUUGGGAGUCUUUGGAAGAGGUCAAAUGCAGAAACCUUUCGAAGACGCCUCCUUUGCGCUCAAGGUGGGAGACAUGAGCGGCCCCGUUUUUACCGAGUCCGGAGUGCACAUCAUCCUGCGUACUGGCUGAAGCAAGCACAAUGCUACACACACACACACACACACACACA